UCGUGUGUGUAUCUACACUUUUGUAUAAAGUGUGGAUCUAAAGCCAAGGUUUCAUGCAGGGUUUGCAGCCUGGAGGCCCAGAUGCGUCUCACACCCUGUUCUGUGAGGGGCAGAGUAACACAUCACACGUGGCCCUUCGUCGCAAAGCGCACUGGGAGCUCUGGCGAUCAGCUCUCAUCACGGGGACACAUGGCUCCGCACGCACACGCACGCACACGCACGCACGCACACAAGUGGGCCCACGUGCGUUUCUUUUUCUUUCCUAAUGAUGGAGCUGUAACUUUACUGUAACUUUACUCUAAGUGUCGUGACUCUACAUUCUUUCUGAGCCAGAAGUGAAAAAUUGUGAGCCGAUUAGAAGGAAAAUACUGUGUUCUGAUGGUGACGCCAUCAAGGUAACAAUGUGUGGAAUGAGGUGCUGGUUAAGAUUUCCUAUUUGUGAUAUAAAAGUUCAUCAUGAUGAAGUAAACAGCCGCCGCCUGUGUUUAUUACACUUGUUGAACAAUGUAGCUGUUUAUCGAUCGGUUUGCUUCGGCCUUUAUUCACUUCGCCGCUGUUAGUACUGCUUACCGUGGUAAAGAAUGUCAGGUGCACACGCGUGUUGUAUGUGCCGGCGUGUAGCGGCGCAGGCGCGAACUGUGAGUCGCAACAAAAGCAGGCGCUACUUCCGACCACGGUCCGACCACUCGGCUGAGGAAAUAGCGCAGCGGUGUCCACCUCCCUCUCGCUCUUCCGCUGUCCUCCGUUCAUUUCCUUCCCGGUGGACCGCCGCGGGGCUCCGAACCCCCACCCUCAGGGUGCGGUGGCGCAGGCCCGACGCCGCUCCACGGACACAAAGAGCCAAACGCUGCGGCGAACCGCCGGAGACGAGGGCGUCUUACGGUUGUGUUGCGCUCCCGAUGCGGUCUUUCUCCGUUCCUCUCAAGUUCCUGCUGAAUUAAAACAAACGGUCAACGUGCUGCCAACACACAGAUACACACACACCUUACGUGCACGGAACGUCGGCCAGAGACCUCCAGGGAACAGCAGAAACCAUAAAUACUAAGUGCAACAAAUAAACCAAAGUAGAGAACUAAAAAGCCAAGCGGUUAAGAGGUUAAUAAGAGAAAAGAGUCCAUGACCGCCGAUGGAACGGAAACGGAAAAGGGUGCGUCAGAAACACGCUCGAGAGCUGUGAUUACGGAAGACGACAGGUGAAUAAGGGAGACGGGUCACGGAGGGUCACCGUUCUACUGACCCGUCACGGACUGGACUCGUGCUCAAGUGUCGGAGUAGCGAAAUGCCGCCAUUGGUCCGGUCACGAAGGAAAGGAACCGCGGUGCUAGAGAAGGAUGUUAACGCUACCAUGAGCUCAACGAGCGAGAAAUGAGGAGACGGUUAAAGGAAGAAUGUGACGGAGUGGCGGAGUGAGGCCACGCCCCCCACUUCCUGCAGCCAAUGAGUGACGGGCACCAGGUGCGGCCACGGUCUUCUCAGAGCGGUGGGGAGAUGGCGCACGAUGGCCCGCAGCGUACCGCAGCCUACCACCGCACACCUCGACGCUCCUCGUACCCGGCACGGCCGGAGCCCCACGGGCAGAUUUGCAAAACCCCCGUCUCCUGUAGGCAGCAGGACAGGAGAAAACGACUCCAGGGGAAGGACGCAAGGAAGAGAAGGUGGAGUAGAAGGGUCCCGCCCCGAGGCCCCGAGCGGCUCGACCCUUCUCCGUGGUGGUGGCCAUCGACUUCGGCACCACGUCCAGCGGCUACGCCUUCAGCUUCACGCAGGACCCGGAAACGAUCCACAUGAUGCGGUGACGCCAGCGCUCGCACGCACGCACGCACGCACGCACACACGCACGCGCGCUCCGGCAUGUGCCGUGACUGGCGCCGACCGUCCCUGUGCCCCCGCAUGCAGGCGCUGGGAGGGCGGCGACCCCGGGGUGGCAAACCAGAAGAGCCCCACCUGCCUGCUGCUGACCCCCGAGCUCCGCUUCCACAGCUUCGGGUUCGCGGCGCGGGACAGCUACCACGACCUGGACCCCGAGGAGGCGCGCCACUGGCUCUACUUCGACAAGUUCAAAAUGAAGAUCCACAGCAUCAGUGACCUGACCAUGGAGACGGAGCUGGAGGCCGUGAGCGGUCGGAGGGUCCGAGCCAUCGAGGUGUUUGCCCAUGCGCUGCGCUUCUUCCGCGAGCACGCCCUCAAGGAAGUGAAGGAUCAGUCUUCGUCGGUGCUGCAGGAGAACGAGGUGCGAUGGGUCAUCACAGUCCCAGCUGUGUGGAGACAACCGGCCAAGCAGUUCAUGAGGGAGGCGGCGUACCUGGCCGGCCUGGUCUCGCCAGAGAGUCCCGAUCAACUCCUCAUUGCCCUCGAACCCGAAGCCGCCUCCAUUUACUGCAGGAAGCUGCGGAUGCACCAGGUGAUCGACCUGAGCGCGCGGCCCAUCGCCAACGGCACGGACGUCGACGGGUCGCGUCUCUUUGACUCCGGCUUCAGGCAGGCCAGAGAGCAGCUGCGCAAAGCCAGACACAGCCGCACCUUCCUGGUUGAGAGCGGCACGGGGGAGCUCUGGUCCGAGAUGCAGACAGGUGACCGGUACAUGGUGGUCGACUGUGGCGGUGGAACCGUGGACCUGACCGUGCACCAGAUUGAACAGCCACAGGGGACCCUGAAGGAGCUGUACAAGGCCUCAGGGGGGCCAUACGGCGCCGUCGGGGUGGACCUGGCCUUCGAGGCCAUGCUGUGCCACAUCUUUGGGGCCGAUUUCAUCGAGAGCUUCAAGGCAAAACGUCCGGCCGCUUGGGUGGACCUCAGCAUCGCCUUCGAGGCCCGAAAGAGGACAGCGGCACCUGGACGCGCCAACGCCAUCAACAUCUCGCUGCCCUUCUCCUUCAUCGAUUUUUACAAACGCCACUGUGGACAGAGCGUGGAGACGGCGCUGCGCAGGAGCAACAUGAACAUAGUGAAGUGGUCCUCGCAGGGGAUGCUAAGGCUCACACCAGAGGCCAUGAACGAGCUCUUCCAGCCCACCAUUAACAACAUUGUCAAACACAUCGAGGAGCUGAUGAAGAAACAGGAAGUGCAGGGCGUCCGUUUCCUGUUCCUGGUGGGCGGCUUCGCCGAGUCUCCUAUGCUGCAGCAGGCGGUGCAGGGGGCCCUGGGCCGCAGCUGCCGGAUCAUUAUCCCGCAGGACGUGGGCCUCACCAUCCUGAAGGGGGCAGUGCUCUUCGGCCUGGACCCCACGGUGGUGCGCGUGCGUCGCUGCCCCCUCACCUACGGCGUGGGCGUGCUCAACCGCUUCGUCGCCGGACGCCACCCGCGCGACAAGCUGCUCGUCAAGGAGGGCCGCGAGUGGUGCACGGACAUCCUGGACCGCUUCGUGGCCGCGGACCAGUCGGUGGCGCUGGGCGAGGUGGUGCGGCGCAGCUACACUCCGGCGCGUCCAGGGCAGCGCAAGAUCAUCAUCAACAUCUACUGCAGCGCCACCGACGACGUGGUCUACAUCACAGACCCGGGAGUGCGCAAGUGCGGCGCCAUCACCCUGGACCUGCCCGAGGCACCGGUCGGCACCCCUGCAACCGAGCGCCGCGAGAUCAGGGCCACCAUGCAGUUCGGCGACACCGAGAUCAAGGUGACCGCCGUGGACGUGGCCACCAACCGCUCCGUCCGCGCCGCCAUCGACUUCCUGUCCAACUGAAGUCCCGAGAAGAGUGGAGCUUCUCCCCGCUGCUGCCUGAGGCUUCGCUCCAAGCUGCAGCAUCACAUGGCCAGCGGGGACCUGCCAGAUACUCGUUUCCCAUCAGCACUCUGCUCUGGGUAGCUCCUCCUCCUGGCACUGUGCUCAAGUGGACUGGACUGCACUGUUUACUCCCCCCACUCACAUCACUCUCCCGCCUGGGUCUCUUCUGAGCUCUUUCACUCCACAGUCACUCGCUUAUCUGACAUUUUUCUCCAGCUAUUUACACUGAUUUACCCAUUUCUAGACCUGUGUCAUCCUU